AUGCCUGAGACAAGAAAACUCACUGGAGAUCAGAAACGGAAAGAAAAAGAUCAAAUCUCUGAAGAUUAUGACCUGAUUGGAUUGCGGAUUAUAAAAAGGGUGUCAGAAACUAAAGAAGACAACUUUUGCACGGGAGAAAUUGCGAGCAACAGGAAUCGGAGCAAGCUUUCCGUGACUGAAGAUCAAGAUUUCUUCUUCUCAAUUCUUUCGAUAGAGGCCAACAAUUUUGACAUCAACCCGUCUCUGAUUAACCUGGUGGAGAAGAACCCUUUCGGCGGAGAGGAUUACGAAGAUCCUCACGACUUCAUGGACAGAUUUCUGAGAAUCUGUGACACCACCAAGCAGCAUGGAGUGUCUGACGAUGAAAUAAGACUCAGGCUGUUUCCUUUUGCCUUAACCGGAAAAACCCUCAGAUGGCUAGACCGACAAGCCCCUAACAUUAUCCGAACAUGGGACGAUCUAGCAGCUAAGUUCUUUGCUGAGCAUUUUUCUCGGGAAAAGUACAACAAGUUGGUGAACGAGAUCACCAACUUCAUUCAGCAGCCGGGAGAGACUCUCUGUACAUCUUGGGCCAGAUUCCAAGAACUGAUCAGAAAGUGUCCUCAAUAUGACUUUCCAGAUGAGAAGAAGGUCAGAGUCUUUUACAAUGGGAUGAUACCAGAUACCAGGAUGAUUGUCAAUGGUGCAGCCGGUGGAACCAUAGGAAGGAAGACAACAGCUGAAACUCUGGAACUGAUUCAUUACAUGGCGAGAACCGAUAAUGCUUCAAUGGAAGUUCAGCCAGUUCAAUCCAAGAGGGGAAUCUUACAACUGGGGAACAAUGAUGCGUCACUAGCUAAGAAAAAAGUAAUCUCUCAACAGCUAGCCAGUCUGAAUGCCAAGCUCGACAAGAUGCAGAUCUCAACAUCUAAAGUUAAUGUAUUUAACUGUGAGUACUGCAAGGAGCCACAUGAUACUAAUGAAUGCCCUACACUUAAUAGAGCUGAACCAUUCCAGGUCAUCGGAAUUUGGUAUGACCCAAGGACACCACAGAAUACCCAAAGUUACCAGAGGAAUCAGAAUGGCGGCCAAGGGAACAACUUUCAGAGGAGAAAUCAAGGUGGAGGUCUGGAUUACAACUCCAACAAUUAUCUGCAACCUCCUCUUCUUCCACAUAAAGAGCCAUUCGAAUUGGAGAAAGUGAAGAUACAGCUUUCCAAGACCACUAAUGAUCACAUAAAUGAGACAAGAGCCUACCACAAGAAUCAAGAUGCAUCCAUCAGAAACUUGGAGACUCAAAUAGGCCAACUUUCAAGACAACUUGCUGAGAGGAGUCAAGGAACAAUCCCUAGUGAUACCAUUGUGAAUCCAAGGGAGCACUGCAAUGCCAUCACUACUAAAAGUGAGGAGCUAGAAAAAGAGGAAGUUGAAGCUUCUACAGGAAAGAAUGAGCACACUCAAGAAGAAGCUCUAGAGCAAAUGCCUUCAUAUGCCAAAUUCCUGAAGGAAACAUUAUCUAAGAAGAGGAAGCUCACAGAGGAUGAACCGAUUACACUAACAGAGGAAUGCAGUGCAAUCUUAGAGAAAAACAUGCCUCCAAAGUUGAAGGAUCCAUGA